AUGGCAGCUAAAACGCCAAAACACGUCGCCGUCAUUCUCUUCCCCGGCUUCCAACUCCUCGACAUCACGGGCCCCCUCGACACGCUCAACAUCCUCUCCCGCAGCACGCCCCUACGCCUCUCCAUCCUCGCCGCUACGCUGGACCCCGUAUCCACCGCGCUGCCAAUCUCGACGCCGUACCUCUCGACGCUGACCCCGUCCUCGCCACCCGAUUCGCCCUUUGCCCAAUCCAUCGUCCCAACGCACACCUUCGACACGGCCCCCGCCGGCAUCGAGGUCCUCAUCAUCCCCGGCGGCUUCGGCAGCCGCGCCGAGGAAAACGUCACCCCCGUGGUCGAGUUUGUGCAGGCGGCGUAUCCCACGCUGACGUACCUGCUCACCGUGUGCACCGGCUCCGCCAUCGUAGCCAAGAGCGGGGUCCUGGACGGGCGGCGGGCGACGUCGAACAAGAAGGCGUUCGCGUGGGUCAAGGCGCAGAACGCCGAGGUGAAGUGGGUGGCCAAGGCACGCUGGGUGGUGGAUGGGAAUGUGUGGACGAGUUCGGGCGUCGCUGCGGGCAUCGACAUGAUCUACGCGUGGGUCGAAGACAUCUGGGGGACCGACGUCGCCGAGGAGCUGGCGGAUAGCAGUGAGUACGAGAGGAACCGGGAUAGCAAGAAGGACCGGUUUGCGGAGCGGUGGGGUGCGACGGACUGA